GAGCUGCUGCAGCCAUCCACCACCACAAUCACAUCUCGCUACAAUGUCGCGCACAAGCUCUAUUCCUGUUCCACCACAACCACAACAACAGCAAUCCACUUCCACGACCAUCACUCCAUCACCCACUUCACCUCCUAGACCUCUGCCAGCACUCCCACUCCCGCCAAGCCCAGCUCCGGUCCCAAAGCACUCGCCAUCUCCAUCCACCUCGCCGCUGCCAGGACAACAGCCCCAGCAGCAGCAGCAACCCCGCAAGAGACCCGACUUGGAGAGCGCGCUACUCAACCCGAACGAGGUCGUCUACCUCACCGCUGGCGGCACCGAGACGCUCGCGUCGGGCCAGGAUCUCACUCGGACAGAGUCCUACCCCGACCACGACCACUACCACGACGCCGACAUUGACCCGGCAGACGUUGACGACAACAUGCUGGCCCGCGCUCACACUGGCGCGUCCGACAUCCUCCUCGGCAAUGACGACCAUCGCGGUCACCGCUCGCGUCAGGCCUCCGAGGGAUCGACCUCGCCAAACGUCGUGCGUCGCGGAUCGCUCGUCAGCAAUGACUCUGGACGUGGUUCAAACUCAACUCCACAGCAGCGCGUUCAACAGAGGAAAAUGAUGUACGCUCAGCAGGCGAGCUUGGGUCUCGAUGCAGAAAUCAAGGCCGAGGAGCAGAACCAACCUCCCAAGCGCCGGUCUAUCUUCCGCAACACGGGAACCGCCUCGACGCCUGACCUAACGACCCUCAUUCGGGGCAGCAAGGCCUUCAAGCGCAACGGCAAGCAGGGCAAUGGCGACCAGCCAGCCAUGCCUGUAUCGCACCAUGCGAUGGGUAAGGGCCCUGGUAACUCGACCGCCGCCAGCUCGUCGACAGCCAUUGGAUCUCACAUUGGCUCACACCUCACGUCGUCGACUAGCUCGUUGACAGGCCGCUCGCGCAACCAACCCAACCCGCCGACUCGUAACACGGACUGGGAGAGACUCUCGGCCAGCUACUCGAAUGACCACCAGCGAGGCAUGCCCUCCAUCGCCGAGACGCCGUCGACAGAAGCUGUCGGCCGUCAUGCCUCGUCCGACGACGGUUACAAGGUGAGUGCGCCUAUCGCCGGCGAUCGUGCCCGUGACAUGCAAUGUUCUAACAACCCUGAGCAGAAGCGCAAGCCUAAAGGCAUGUUUGGGAGAAUGUUUGGCUCGUCCAACUCGCAAAAGGAGCAGCAUGGUCCCCUUACCUCGUCGUCACAGAUUUCCUUGUCGGCGAGGUCCAACCAUGAUGUUGGCUCUCCCACGCAAUCACAGUCUCCCCAGUUUGCCGGCUCCAACUUCCCGGGGAACAACAACUACAACUUUGAGAUGCACCAACACGCCUCGGCGUCGAGUGGUCAUCUCCCGUUGAAUGGCGCCGUCCAGCCCCAGCCGUCAUCCGCCCGCCCGCCGAUCCCCCAACGACCAUCCGUUCCCAUCGUCAGCAAGGUUGAAAAGCGCGCCUCGGUUGACACGUUGGACCACCCCCCUCUGCCAGAGCCCAAGCGUAGUGGUACCGCUAGCUCCGCAGGCCUGCCCGACCACGACCCCAAGACUGGCGAGGUAACAGAGGUCGUCCUCGAUCGUGUCGAGUCUCCCGUUCCGAUCAACCACACCAGGCACACGUCCAUCACCUCCGUUGGAUCGGCAAACGUCGAGCAGCCGCCAAUGGCCCAUGUUCUGCCCAGAGAAAAUGUGGACGGCGCACAGCACCGCCCACCUGUGCCCCGCCGUGUCACGGGAGAGGAUGCGUCCAAGUCGCCCAAAGGGGGUAGGAAUGCGCCAUCCUUUACAGACGACGUCUCGGGCCUCCUCGACCGCAUCAGUCACGGCGAUGCCAGUGGGCGCGGUGGAGUGCGCGUUGGCGCGGCAACCGGUGCUGUUGCCGGCAUCGUCGCCGGCGCCGCCGUCGUCGCGGGCCACGACACACCCAACUCGGACCACCUGCAGGUCAGCCCGGAAAUUCCCAACUCGACCCAUUACUCGCCUGCUCUCACCGCGAGCCCCGGUCGGUCUCAGUCGUUCACUGAAAGAUCGCCCUCAAUGAGUCGUCAGCCUGGAUCGAGGUCGGGCACUCAUGAUGAAGGACUCGUGCCAGAGCCGCUCCCGGUGCCCUCUGGUGAUAUCAGAACGAGCGGCGCCCCGAAUGCGGAUGCCCCGAUCACUGCCGAGCAACAAUCAACUCCUGUGGUGACAACUUCGGAUGGCGCCGAGGGAGAUGCGCCACCACAGGAUACACCCCGCCAACCCUCUCAAAGGUCAGACACGGGAGAGUGGCCACUCCGCCACGAUUCACUUUCAAAAUCACCCUCUUCGCAGCAGCAGUGGGACCGCCAACUAUCUCGGCCAACGAGCUCCGGAUCUGGCCCACUUGUCGACGAACCUAUUACUAUCGAAGUAUCUGGUUCCCCCUCCGAGUCCAUGGUCAACCUCAACGACCUGGGCGAUGCCGAAGAGCGUGGAGCACAGCUUGCGCGCGAGUUCUUCGAUGACGACCCGUCGACGGUUCCAGCAGACAAGGUCGCCAUGUUUAUUGGCGGCCCCCGCCCCGUCAACAACUUUGCGCUGCGCUACUACAUGCAGUACUUCGACAUGCGCGGUCUCAAGCUCGACCAGGCAUUCCGAGACCUCUGCGGCAAGCUCCACCUCAAGGCCGAGUCUCAAGAAAUCGACCGUAUCAUCGAAGGAUUCAGUGGACGAUUCUUCGAGUGCAACCCAAACACUGUCCUUGGAACGCCAGGCAUCGUUCACACGGUUACCGCAGCCAUGUUGAUGCUCAACACGGAUCUGCAUAUCGCCGAGCUGGCCAAGCACAUGUCACGCACCGACUUUGUUCGCAACGCCAUGCGCGCGAUCCAGGAGAGCAUGCCGGAUCGCGAGAUGUCGCCAGAGCCCGGCCUCGCUAGCGACAGUGGCAGCUUGCGUCACCUCGACUCGCACUCGGCUGCGCAGUCGACCUCGAGCAUCCGGUUGCGUGCGGCUAGCAGCAACCUGGGAUCGACUCCCCGCAAUGCCUCCGGAAGCCUGGCGUCACCCGUGUCCGAGAUCUCGCUCACGUCUCCGUCCACCCAGGACCUCCGAUCGCGUGGGGCGAGCUCAACGACCGUCAACAGCUUCACCUACACCAAGGCGUGGGAGAUCGAGGCAGAAAACUUCCUCCGGGACAUUUACACCAAUGUCCGCAAUGAGAGGAUCCUCCUCCCUAUUGCAUCGUUGCCGGGCAACGAGGGCAAGAACGGGGGCGGCCUCAGCAGCCUGUCGUUGCGACCCCCUGGCCAGCGUGGUCAGCAGCAGUUCCAGCCCCUCGCGCCCGCCCUCGGAUUCGCCGGCAAUCUGUCUCACACGGUCAUCAAGGAGCAGGAGGAUGAGACUCGCAGCGUGCAGUCGGUACAGACGACGAGCACCCUCGAGGAGAUGACCGACGUCGAGCUCGCGCUUCUCGGUGCUCCAUGGGCCAAGGAGGGCUUGCUUCACCGCAAGAUUCAGGUCGAGGCUCACGGCAAGCGCGCACCAAAGAAGGACUGGAAGCAGUACUUUGUUGUCAUCCAGAAGGGCGACCUUCACAUGUUCAUCUUCGGACAGGGCAGUGGCAGUUUUGGAGGCGGCAGUGUUGGCGGUGGCAAUUGGAUGUCCAACGCCAAGGCGACUGGCGAGUACAGCCUGAUGCACGCCAUGGCGAUGGCGUUGCCCAAGCCCGGCUAUAGCGCCCAGCGACCGUACUGCUUCACGGUCACCCUUCCGAGCGGCGAAAUCAGCGUCUUCCAGGCUGGUACUGAGGAGCUGGUCGCCGAGUGGGUCGCGACGUGCAACUACUGGGCCGCCCGCAAGAGUAGGCAGCCUCUGCCGGGCGGUGUCUCCAACAUGGAGUACGGCUGGUCGCGCGCCCUUGGCCACGAGGACUUUGAAGACAAGGCCAGCGUUCGCUCUGCGCGCUCGGGCUUGUCCAGGCUCGGCGGCCUGAACGCGCGCGUCCGUGGCGCAGCUGCGGUGCCGACGCACGGCCCGGACAAGAUCCACAUCAACGAGUGGAAGCCCCCUCCUCACGCCACGAUGCCGUCUACCUUGGACGAGGAGGCGCAGCUUGACGCUCUUCUGGCCUACGUCCAGAAGCUCAAGGAGGAGCUCGAGCAGCACAAGGCCAUUGAGGAGCCGAUGGCCCGCCUGUACACGGCCGGCUCGAAGAAUGCCCUCAAGGCGCGCGAAAACUGGACGGCCAAGUCUCGCUACAUUCACUCGGAAAUCUUCAAGUACGAGACAUAUGUCGAGGCACUCCGCAACGCGAUUGGCCUGCGCGUCCAGAAGCAGGGGGAGAAGAAGCUCGAGCGGUCGCUCCAGCGCUCAACACUGAGCCUUCAGCAGCAGCAGGAGGCUGCCCGGCGGCGGCCAGUGAACGGCAGCCGGACAUCAAGCGAGCAGGGCUCAGGGCAGAGCUACACGACGGGGGAGGAUGGUGGCCAUGUGACGCCAACGAAGUAGGCGAUAACGACGGAGUCAUAUAGAGCGGCGAGCUAGGCGAGACAACUGCAACGACAAAGGCGAUCCAACGAAAAGUAAUGAGGAGGUGUAUCCGUUGUGAAAUCUGUCGCGUUCAGUACUAGAUACCUCUUUCCGAUGCAAUGCACGGGUAUAAUGGG